AUGACCAACGCCUUUACUGCAUUAUCGCACAAAAGAAACCGGUCCGUCAGUACCACCAAGACCAGUAACGGGUCCACAGAACCACAUACCAAAUUAUCCAAACUCAAGUCCGGUCUUGCUAUAUUUACCAAGCUCACCAACCCGUUUAAUAGCGACAAGACCAAAUCACCUUCACCUCAUGACCACCGUCGUCCAUCCCUCACCAUCUUCCUUCAUCAGUACCUUGGCAACGGUCACGACGUUGGUGAUGAUUUGUACAACAACCAGGACGACGAUACCAUGGACGACGACCACCCAUCAGAAUACGGGCGCAUAAAUAGCGCUUUUGCAGACGAUGAUUUAUUUGAACGUAUGCGUUACAAGCAGCGAACGCAGGAGAAAUCCAUGUCGGCAAGAGAACAAUACAAUGCACGGAGAAAUGCUCACACUGCACCCGCCAAACAACCUUUACCGAGCAUUUUGGUUAAAAAUGGACCGUCCACAUCACGAGACAGUGCGACCCCAUCCUUAUCAGAGAUCCAUCGUCCUCGUCAUCGUCACACCAGCAGUGUACAGAGCACAUCGGCUUUAUCUGCUCCGUCGUUUACCCAACGCCGAAAACCUGGUCAUCACGUUCGUCAUUAUUCUCAUGUUUCUUACAUGUCGACUUCCAAUAUCACCGUCAAUUCGGAGGAUCUUACUGCUAAGGAAUUUGCUGAUAUCGCCGGGAUUCGAAUUCUGCCUGAAGAGAGGGAUGGAAAUACCGUUGUGGACGAAGAACGCGAAGACAACAAGAGUUGUUGUUGCAAUUACGAUGACGACGAUUUGCGUACCGCAUCAUCGCGUUCGGGCCUUACCACACCUUCUGGACCGGGUGGGCCUCUGGCCGAUAACGAAGAGAGCCAGGUGUCCAUCAUGAGCUGCUCAUCCAUCCAUGAUAACCGAUCCUGCCGCAAACCACAGAUCUGGGACACUGGGUUCUGGCGAAAACCUGGUGAGGACGUCCCCAUGGUACCGCCGCCACCACUACCGCCCUUGUCGGCCCAUUCUCUAUCCACACAACAGCAGGUGGUUUCACCUUGUUCUCCUCAUCCUUCUAUAUCGACUUCUCUGCUCGAACAGAAAUCCACCAAACCCCGUACGACUAAAUCGCAUCGGUCGACCCUGUCGGUACCUGUUGUGGAGCCUCCAAUUAUGCAUGAAUUACGCAGGAUGAACACAUUAUCCACUGAUAAAUUGUCCAAUCACGACGCGCAGCGAACCACACGCAACUGUGUGAUCAGGAAAGGUCGCUUUGAGAUUCAUCUAGAAUCAGCCGGUUCUGCAUUCACCUCUACCUCUACCUCUAUCACCACUGAAUCUGUUUCAGACGAUCAAACCGUCCCCGUUUCUCGUCAUCACCACAGCCGCAAUCUCAGCACGCCCGUCAUCCAGGGUCAUCCACACCAAUGGAACCACCCUCCUCCUCCUCCUCCUCCACCUAAUCAUCAACAUCAUCAUAAUAACAGUAAGCGCACCCUUCACACGGCCGGUGAAUGGAAGCGCCAACAUAAACCUUCGCUCUCAUUCUCCAAUCCACCUGCCACGGUCCGUGCAUAA